AUGGAUGUCAAACAUGCCGGUCAAGCCCGCCGAGUAAAAUGCGACGCUGCGAAGCCUCAUUGUCAGAGAUGCACGAGCACCGGUCAGUUAUGUGAAUACGCCACAGACAGGCUGUUCCGCAACACGACCUCGGUGUCCAGCACUGAACUCCCUGCGAAAUGCCUCAGUCAGAAUGCAUCUGAAUACUCUCCGACACAUCAUGUAGCACGGUACAAGCAUCCAUGGAAUCAGUUCAUGAAUGUUGGUUCCUUGGCUCGAAGCUCUGGACUUCCCAUGGUCUUCAACGCUCGGGAACACCAACUUUUCCAUCUCUUUCGCACGAGAAUAGCCCCCAAUUUGGGUGGGUAUUUUGACGCAGAUUUUUGGAACGUCACGCUUCCAUGUGUCGCGCAUGUCGAGCCUCCUGUGCUGUAUGCAGCGCUUGCAGUCGCUGCUACCGAAAAAGCUGUGCCCUCCCUAGCUGAAUCCGGGGAUACGGCUGAAUGCGACGUGAUCAUGUUUUACAACAGAGCUAUUCAGUCUCUCAGGAUGGAUGUGGCUCAGCACACAGAUCGCUUCCGGCAUACAAUUCUGCUAACUUGCCUCCUAUUUAUCUGCUUGGAAUUCAAGAGAGGUCGCACGGGGGUCGCGCUAGCUCAUCUCCAAGCCGGGUUGACCAUUCUUUGCGUCCACCAUGAACUUGUCCCGGAAUUAUCUCAACUAUCCGAUCUCCUACGCAAACUAGACGCCAUUUUCCACCGACUCAGCAUCCAGGGUUCCCUGAUUGGCCAAGUACCUCCAGCAAGGUUUUAUAGGCGCCAGGAAAUGGCCUCAGGUUCCAUCGACGCCAACUUCACAGACAUUAUGGCUGCCCAGAAAAGUCUUACCUCGAUACUCAUAGACAGUCUGCGGCCGGCAGCACCCGCGGUCGAUGUUACGUGCGCGAGCAGUCCUAACAGCGACGAUGUGAUCAGCCAAAGCAUCUGCGUCCGACAACUACGACAAUGGAACCUGGAAAUGAAAACCUUCUUGUCUCAUUCUUUUUCUGGGCCUAACAACCGGGAAACUCUUGCCGUGAGGUGCAUGCAAGUUCAGAGCCUGGUGGCAACCAUUUGGACUUCGGCAAAUCACUCGUCAAACCAAGACUUUGACCUCGAAAUUAUGUUUGAUUAUUAUGUUCGGGACUUUCAGACUCUGGUCUCUUUGGCCGCGAUUUGCAUAAACGGUGCCGAUGCUAUGCACCUGUCAACUGCAUCGGCAUCCCCCAACAACACACAUUACGCAAGCUUCAGCUUCGAAAUGGGACUGAGUUUUGCGCUCUACUUCACCGCCGUCAAAUGCCGCUCUCCCAGCAUUCGUCGCCGUGCCAUUGAACUCCUUUCUAAGGCUACAACGGCACAAGAGGGCUUGUGGAACACCCGAGUUCUGUUAUCGAUCGCAAGAUUCAUUCUCAAGCACGAGGAGAGCUUCGUCUCCGGUCCACCUUCGACAGAGAAUCCGAAGGAUUGGCCGCGCCUAGAAGAUCGAAUCCAUGCCGCAUAUAUCAUUCCUUUUUGUGAUCUUGAGAGGAGAUUGCAGCAAGUCCAAUACGUCUGGCGGCCCGGGCAGGCUUGGGAAACAUGGACAGAGGAUAUCUUGUUCUGA